AUGACCAAGACCGACGUCGACAAGGGCCAUUACGGCUUGAAUGUUUUCUACAAGAUGCAGGUGGUUUACAAUCGUGUUCAGGACAUCCAUAUUUUAUGGACCCGGUGGGGCGGAAUAGGCGAGGACGGGAUGUAUCAGCGCACGCCCAUGAGCACCAAAGAAGCCUGCGUGGAAGAGUUCUGCAAAAUCUUCAAAGCAAAGAGCGGGAAUAGUUGGGAGGAUCGCGGACCAGAGGCCUUCGUGCCCAAGCAAGGAAAGUACAUUCCAGUCAGACCCAGAAAGGAGCCGGACGUGGAGAUCCAUUCGUUGGACGUUUCCGACUCUCCUGCAUCAAAGCUGAGCGACGAACUGCAAGAUGUGAUGCGCAUAAUCACUGACGUCAAGGGUCUGAAGCGCGAGAUGGCGGAAGACAAGGUCGCACUCCCGCUCGGCAACAUCGAACGCACCACCGUUUUGCAAGCGUACAGAACUCUCUGCGAGAUCCGCGAUAAAGUCAAAGCGCUGGACACGCUUCGCACAGCGUCGGCAAUCCCCGAUGUAAAAGCCAUGAAGUCCGCCCGCCGCGAUAUAGCUGAUCUGAGCAACACGUACUUCACUCUCCUCCCAUCGACGCAUGACGGACGCAGUGGAGGCACCACCGCCCUACUCUCCAUGUACGAGGUCAACGCCCAAAUGGAGAAGAUGGCCGAUUUGCUGUACCUCGGAACCGCCUGCGACACGCUUCUCGCCGCGCAUGGACGUCGGAAGGAAGUCAACCCAUGGGACUACGUGGCGGCUGCUUUGAAGUGCAAGCUCAAACCAGUACUGGAUAGGGAGAGCGACGAGUUUAGGAUGGUGCGCGAGUAUAUGGAAGAUACAAGCGCGGGGUAUGACAUCGUCUCGCUGAUCGACGUGGAAAGGGGUGGAGAAAAGGAGAGGUUUGCGCCGCAUGCGAACAAUGAAAACCGGAAGCUGUUGUGGCAUGGUUCCAACACUGGUAACUUCAUGGGCAUCCUAUCCGAGGGGCUGAAGGUUGCGCCCGUCGAGGCAGCGUCCACCGGAUACAUGUUUGGCAAAGGCAUCUACUUCGCCGACACCUUCUGCAAGAGUGUCAACUACAGUAGCGUCGGCAGCGGCGUCUCAUGUCUCCUUCUCUGCGAAGUAGCUCUGGGCAAACCAAAGGAACUCGAGAACCAAGAAUACAUGGAGCACCCAGCGGAAGGCACGCAAAGCACACUGGGUCUAGGACAAGAAGGUCCAAGUGGACAAUGUUUCAUCGCGAAAGACGGCACACGUGUCCCCCGGGGUCCGAUUAUCAAGUACCCACUUCGUACGAAGGCUGAUGGCACCCCCAUACCCCGCUAUCUUGCGCGGAACGAGUACAUUGUGUACGAUCCUGCGCAAGUCAGGAUCCGGUAUAUGCUGAUCGUGCGGCCGAAGGAACAGUGCGUGUUGUGCGAAGAGAACGAUGCGGGAGUCGAGCCGAUUGGAAAGCAUGCCGAUUCGUACAAGGAUGUCGUCAAGAACUAUGAUCUCCCUAGCGGAACGUUUGCGAACAAUAAGUACGAGCGCGCGAUCGUGCGAGGGCUGUUGUAUGCGAAAAAGACGGAUGUGAAACAAGUCUGGACGGAUAGACUGCCCACCGUUCUCCGUCAGAAGACUUACGGUAAGUAG